AUGAUGACGAUGGAAUCCUUCCUAAUUUGCCUGAUGAUCCUGGGCAUGGCGGCGUCGAAAGCCCACAAAGUCCAGAUCUGCCCCAAACGCUGCGUCUGCCAAGUCCUAAACCCAAACCUCGCCACCCUAUGCGACAAAAAAGGCCUCUUAUUCGUCCCUCCAAACAUCGACCGCCACACCGUAGAAAUGCGACUGGGCGAUAACUUUGUCACUAACAUAAAACGCAAAGACUUCGCCAACAUGACCAAGCUGGUUGACUUGACGCUAUCUCGAAACACAAUUGGGACCAUCGCGCCGCAUGCAUUCAGAGAUCUAGAAAAUCUUAGAGCUCUACAUCUGGAUAGCAACAGGUUAACACGAAUCACCAGUGAUACGUUUAGCGGUAUGUCCAAGCUACAUCAUCUCAUCUUAAACAACAACCAGCUAACGGAUAUCCAUAUUGGAGCUUUCAACGAUCUGACGGCGUUAGAGGAGCUAGAUCUUUCCUAUAACAACUUGGAAAGCAUCCCUUGGAUAGCGAUCCAACGCAUGUCAAGUUUACACACGCUGAACCUGGAUCACAACAUGCUAAGUUACAUCCCUGAAGGUACAUUCUCUGGAUUGCUGAAGUUGAAAAGACUGGAUGUGACUUCAAAUAAGCUCCAAAAACUUCCCCCUGACCCGGUUUUCCUAAGAGCCGGGGUCCUGGCCACUUCCGGGAUCAUGGGACCUUCUUCGUUCGCGCUGAGUUUUGGGGGGAAUCCGCUGAGGUGUAACUGCGAGCUGUUAUGGCUGAGGAGGCUGAGGAGAGAGGAUGAUUUGGAAACCUGCGCUUCUCCUCAGCACUUGGCCGGACGAUAUUUUUGGACUGUUUCAGAAGAGGAGUUUCUGUGUGAGCAGCCUCUCAUCACCAGGCACUCACAGGAGUUGCGUGCGUUGGAGGGACAGAGUGUGACAUUGCGCUGUAAGGCCAGAGGAGACCCAGACCCUGUGAUUCACUGGAUCGCACCUGAUGGACGCCUCAUGUCCAACUCCACUCGAGCCAUGGUUCACUCUGACGGGACACUGGACAUCCUCAUCAGCACUGUCAAGGACUCAGGCUCGUUCACAUGUGUAGCAUCAAACCCCGCGGGAGAGGCCCAGCAGACCGUGGACCUGGUCAUUGACAAACUGCCCCACAUCACCAACAACACAGCAGUGGACCAGGAACCAGACCCCGGCUCCUCCGACAUCGCCACGGUGACCAAGACGGGAUCUGAGCCCGGCAACGUGCCUUUGAGCAACGCAAAAACCAGUCCGGAGAAGAAAGUGGUGAUCGCCGAAGCAACCUCCUCCUCCGCUCUCGUCAAAUUCAACUUUCAAAGGACCAUACCAGGAAUAAGGAUGUUUCAAAUACAAUACAAUGGGACCUAUGAUGAUUCACUGGUCUACAGGAUGAUCCCUCCGAGCAGUAAGAACAUCCUUGUUAAUAACCUGGCUGCAGGGACCCAGUACGACCUUUGUGUUCUGGCCAUUUACGAUGAUCAGGUGACCUCUCUGACCGCCACCCGUGUGAUCGGCUGUGUCCACUUCAGCACUGAGCCCCAGUACCUGCGCUGCCACUUUAUGCAGUCGCAGUUUCUGGGCGGCACCAUCGUGGUCAUCAUCGGGGGCAUCAUCGUUGCCUCUGUCCUCGCCUUCAUCAUCUUCCUCAUCGUGCGUUACCGGGUGUGUAACCAUGGAGAUGUAGACAAGGCUCUGGAGAUGGGGGACAUCCGCUCCCUGAGCAGUGAUGGGCAGCUGCAGGGCUGUGGUCUCCCCAAGUCUGUGUCCAAACAGGCGCUUCGCCCGGAGAAGAGUGAGAAAGAGUGUCUGCGCCCAGAGAAGAGUGAUAAAGACUGUCUGCCUCCCCCUGACCCGGUGAAGCAGAGGCCAGCCUCUGUGGUCGCCCCAAAGCCCUGUGCAGUCACUCCUAAGACCUCCUCUGUUGCCCCGUCCAAACCGCCAUCUGUGACCCCUCUGAAGCCGUCUGUGCCCGACUGCACCGUCUCCUCUUCAGCAGCGUCUCACAGCUGGCACCCGGCCUCACCCGGCGCCCCACGCCUCAAACGCUCUGCCCCCAAACCCUCUGAGCCUCUGGAGCUGGAGAAUAUGAACCGCAACAACUCCUCUGACCUGAAGAGGGUGCCGCUGCUGGCCCCCACUGCUGCGGGACAGCCCCUCAAAUGGACUGGGGCUCCCAGGGGCCCACGGCCGCACCAGCGACAGUACAUGACUGUGCCUGCAGGGGGCGUGAGAGUGCACCGCAGACACUCUCUGAACGCAGACUCGUACACAGACCGCUGCUACGUGGCCUACGCCAAAGCAGGAGCAGGAAGUCUGCGCUCCAAACGCAGUCUGUCCAUGAGCGGAGAGCUGCCCCACAUCUCCUCAGACAUUCAGCACAGCAAAGGGCCUCUGUCCAGGUCCGAGUGGCUCUUGGAGAGCACGCUAUGAUGCCCUCUGGCCUCUGACCUGCACUGACCCCUCUGACCCC